CUUGAUCCCGAGCAUCCAGAGAAUCUGGGAACGACAGGUGUCCCUCCCAGGGAAGCUUCUGCCAUGGCUUGAAGCGAUGUCGCGGGCCGCAGCUGGAAAGGUUCACCGAUCAAGUCACAGGGGCAAAGCAGGCGCCUCUGAGCGCAGCGUCAGGUUCCUGACAUGUACCAACUUCUCAGAGAUCAUGCCGUCCGAGGCCGCGAUGGCCUUCGAAGACGAGCCCUUCGAGGUGCCGGACUUCGCCACGGAAGACUUGCACCCGCAGCUCAUUAAUCGCCUGAAAGCGGCAGAGGGCUCCAUGCUCGCCGCAAAGGUGCGCGUGAGCGCCGUGGGUGACAUCACCAAGGCGGAUGUGGAGGAGCUUUGCAAGAUGCUCGGCGCCAAUGUGCAGAAGCGGUUGGAAAGCAGAAAGGGCAAGAAAUCCGCUUUGCUGCUGCAGAAGGCUCCCCAGAGCAGUGAUGGCCUGGACUUCGAGGGCUUCGCUCUCCUGAGUGGGCCGCUUCUGGGAUUGCCGCUGCCAGCCAUGCGCAUGGUACAAGAGGAGGACCACCCAGAGGUUGCACUGGAGGAGAUGUUGGACUUCCCUGAGGCUGAGGCACUUUUCAAGUCGCUCCCGCUCGACAAGGAUGGCAUUUGUCCCUGUGCGGUUUUCACGGAGGAGCUGACGCGCCCUGAGUCACAGGUGGCCACGUUCCUCAUGGGGCGCGCUUCGAUGGCCACCACGCCCAUGAAGAGCCGGGCGCAGCUGGCCAGGCUCCUGAACUGGCGCAUCGAGAGAGACGACGCGCUGGGCACGCUCUUCUUCACCUUUCUACUCUUGGUGGUCCUGUAUUUUGUGGUGCAGGAGAAUCUCAUCAUCCCUGCACGGCAGCAAGCUGAAACCGCAGUGUCACACUAUGUAUCUGAGUAUGGAGGGAGCCUGAAUGGCCCUUUCCUGCACGAGCACGUGGGGGACGUGUCAUCUUUCUGGGGCUGGCUGGGCGGGUCGGGCUUGGGCGCGUUGCUGGGCACGGCCAAGCCAGAGGGCGGUGCUACGCAGUUCCACGUGGCAGGUUCUAACAUCCUGCUUGGUGACAUCCGCAUCUCCAACACUGACAGGGAGGGGGUGAUCUCAUCGCACUGGCUGCUCCACAGCGAUGCUGCGCAGAGCUACUUGUCCAACAGCACUGGUGACUAUGUAGGCGCAGCCAGGACAGCGCUCGAGCAUUUCAGGAGGACGACAAAUCUUCGCUUGGACGACCCCUUGUCAUCCAACAUUGAGGUGAGCUUCAGCAUGCACAAUGAGCAAUCCAAGCUGCUCUUGCUGGGCAAGGUGACCUCCUUGUUCAUGCCCACAGGUAUUCUGGACCUGCGGGUCCAAACAACCUCAUGUCCAGAUAGGACCGAGGUGUCCGUAUCGCAGCUGGUGGUGAACCUGCUCAUGGCAGUCAUCCUCGGCUACCUGGCCCUCAUGGAGCUGAAGGACGCCCUGGCCGCGAUGUCCCACGGGUGCCGGGCCCUAUUGAGGUACUGGGGCAUUUGGAACACCGUGGACUGGACGUGCAUUUUCCUGGCCAUAGUGACGGUGGUGGUGUGGUUCACUACGCUGGCGCACAUCAACUCAGCCCUGCUCCAGUCAGUUCGAGAGGAGAACUUCAAUUCCCUGACGCUGAGUCAAGAGGAGCUGGAAACGAUGCAGGAGGAGCUCGUGGCAAUCAGGCGCUGGUUCAUAGCCGUUCAGGUCCUCACCAGUCUGCUGACCAUCACCGUUGUCAUGAAGUUUUUCAAGGGCUUCAGAGCAAACCCGCGGCUCCAGAUCGUGGCGGACGCGCUGGCGAAGAGCGUCAACAACAUUGCGCACUUCUUCCUGAUCUUCUGGACAUUGUUCGCUUGCUUUGCCAUCAUCGCCCAUGUCCUGUUCGGCAAUGACAUCGUCCAGUUCGCCUCCCUGGGGGCCAGCUUCGAGGCCUCAAUGAGCACGCUCAUGGGGGAGUUCGACUGGUAUGUGGCUGUGGCAGGCAUCAAGACAGGCUGGCUGAACUCCGGGCUGCCAGUGGUCCUGGUGCACCUUUGGUUUGUGGUGUACAUUUGCUUCGCCCUGCUGGUCCUGUUCAACAUGCUUUUGGCCAUGGUGCUGGACAGCUAUGCCGCAGCGGCCCAGGUGCUGGGAAAGAGGGCUGAUGCACCAACCAUCGUUACCCAGACUUGGCGCUACUUCAGGCGGAUGAAGGAGACCUGGGGCUUCAUCUCGCUCCACGCACUUGCGCGGAAGCUGCUGAAUUUGGACUGCCACCCGGAGAAGGUGGUGACUGCGACCUCACUCUCCGCGGCCUUCCCAACGAUGCAGCGACAACAGGCCUUGUGGCUCAUGCGCACCCUCUUUGAAGAGGACAGAUUGCACCAGGUCACGGAGAAGGUGUUGGCCGGCCAGGACAGCUCCAGCCUCUUCGGACACCAGGACUCGGAUCCCCAGCACAUUGCCAACGCCUGCGUGCCCGCCUUCAAGGCUGCCUCCAAGGCGAUCCUCGAGGAGAUCCUUCCGAGGUUGGCGGUGCUGGAAGCGAAGAUGCAGAACUCCCCCUGCAACCUCGCCGAUGCCGUGGAGAUCCGCCGGACGUUGCAGGCGGAGCUGGAUGAUGAGCAACUUGCCCAGGGUUUGCAGGAGGUGCAGAUGGCCAUGGUGAAGGAGAUCUCCGAUCCGGAGAAGUGUGGCGUGGACAUGAAGGAGAUGGAUGCUUCUGUGCAGCGGAACAGAAACUGCGGGUGUGACGCCAUGGGAUGAUUCCGUCAAGCACACAAUUGUCUGACAUGGCCAGAACGGCUUUCCUUUCCCUAAGGGUC